AUGCAUCGUCUCCAAACUUCAGCUACCGUCCGGCAAUUGCCACGAGCGUUGUCAUACUCUAUCCUACGCCGUAACUUGAUAGUUCCCUCUGAUAGGUUCAACUGCCCUGUAGAGCCAGACUUUCAUGACAGAUUGGGACCUGAUACCCCCAGAACCGACAAUCCAUUGCCUAUAUCACAAGAAUCUAGCAACUCCACAGCUGAUGUGCAGAACUCCACCACUGACGUGGUUAGAAGGAAAGCCCGUGUGGAUGGCAUCCUAAAAGUGGGCAAAAAAGAGUCGAUCUGGGCUGGAAAAGAGGAAUUGUACUUGCAUUUGGAUAAAAACACGACAAUCAAACUGCCAUAUACUUAUCUGCGCGAUUCCUGCCAGUGUGGAGUGUGCAAGGAUCAACACUCGAAACAGCGCUCGUUCCGCACAAGUGACAUUUCGAAGGACAUUGCUCCAAGCUGGGUCAACUGGGAUGGGAGCAAGCUUUCAAUCAGGUGGGCUAACGAAAUUGGGGGGUCGACGACUGAGCAUGAAUCAACCUGGGACCGUGACUUCCUAAAAAAUCCCAUUUUCAACACCCAUCGUCAACAUUGGAGCGCGAACUGCAACCCGAUCAUAUGGGGACGGGCUCAAAUGAACAAAAGUCAACAUUGGGUGUCUUAUCCAGACUACAUCGCCGACGAUUCCAAAUUUGCCACGGCGAUGCAGCAGUUGCAGCGUCUGGGCCUUAUUUUUGUAAAGAAUAUUCCAGAGUCACGAUCGAUGGUUGAAGCUAUUGCAACACGCAUGGGUCCACUGCGAAACACCUUCUACGGGUCAACAUUCGACGUGCGCACCGUCCCACAGGCGACAAAUGUCGCAUAUACAAACCAAUUCCUUGGCUUUCACAUGGAUUUGAUGUAUAUGAACGAGCCGCCGGGAUACCAGCUCCUCCACUGCCUAGAGAACUCAUGUUCGGGGGGUGAGUCGCUGUUUUCAGACGCAUUCUCGGCUGCGAAACUCAUGAAGGAGCGACACCCAGAAGAAUAUAAAGUGCUUCGCGAGCAGCGGCUGGGAUACGAGUAUAGACAUAAGGAUCACAUCUACUACAACGAACGACCCGUCUUUGAGCAUGAUUUCUACACAGACGAGCUGCGCCACGUCAAUUACUCGCCCCCCUUUCAAUCUCCCCUCCCCCCACGCGACGGGAAAGGCCAUGAUGCUGAGCCUGUGAACAAGCUACGAGAUGCCCUUGCCAGGUUCACUUCAAUUAUUGAUAAUCAGAAGCGCAUCUUUGAGCUCAAGCUCAACCCGGGUGAUUGUGUCAUCUUUGAUAACAGACGGAUCCUUCAUGCCCGCCGCCAAUUCAAUGCCAGCAUAGGAUCUCGCUGGCUAGCAGGCGCCUACGUGGAUACCGAUGCUCUGCUAUCCCGCUUUGCUGUCUGUAAGAAUCAACAUCCAUAUGUUUGGACGAAGAAAGGCAAGAGAGACUUGGCGGCCAACAACGGAGACAAUAACUAG